AUGUCAGAAAUGAAAAUAUCACAACAACUCGAACAAUUGGAUGAAGAUGAUAAUGUUGAAAACAGAAGUGAACGACUUCCUCAACUACGAUCAUAUGUUCACCGAGUUAGAUCUAGUUCAUCUAAAAGUAUUGGUCAUAUGAAUACUUAUAUUCGUUCAAACAAUCGUCGUGGUAGUGGUAGACGAUCGUAUCAACGACUUCGUUUUCCUGUUGCUCGAUAUAGUCGUCGUGAAAUGCCUUUGAAGGGUCCUUUUGUUUCGUUCAUGCCCGGGACUCCAAUCGUUGCCGAUCGAUCAACAAAACAAACAAUUAUUUAUUCAAAAACAGAAGUCUAUAUUAUACCUCCAUUGAUUAAUACCUAUGGCAAUUCAUACUCGAUUGCUGAGCUCAUCGCUUCCGGAGAUGCGAGUUUAGAUCGCAGUGGUGGUCCACCGGUUAAUCCUAUUCAUAUGAAGCGUUUUUUUCAACGACAAUCCUUAACCGGUCCAAAUAUUCCAAUGAUCAACUCUAAACAAGGUGGUUUUAAAGGUGGUGUUCGCACUAACUCUGGUUCAUUCUUGAUUUCCAAACCGUAUGAGACACGACCUAACAUAGAUUCUAAAUAUGAAUCCGAAGAAAAAGAAGACGAAAAAGAAUCAUCACAAGAACAAGAACAAGAACAAGAAAACAAAUAUCGACCGCCUUCGAAUGUGAACAAUUAUUAUUAUAAAAAGCCACGUAAUAGAUAUGAAGCCUCAAAUAGCAAUUCUUUUGAAAUAGAAGGAAACAAUCGUCCACAUCAAACAACAACGCAAACUUCUACAUCAAGAGGAAUGAAUACAACCACUAAUGGUGUCGAAAUUCAUCUAACAUUAUAUAUUGAUAUAAUAUAUCCCUAUGGAAGAUCGAACAAAGCAAUAAUUUCGGCAAAUUAUUCAUUUCCAGGUCCAUUAAUUGAAGCCUAUGAAGGUGAUACAUUAGUGAUUCGAGUAAUCAAUCUACUUGAUGUUCCGACAACGAUGCAUUGGCAUGGAAUUUAUCAAACGAAUACUCCUGAUAUGGAUGGAGCAGUUGGCAUUACUCAAUGUGCUAUACCUCCAAAGAACGAAAUGAUUUACAAAUUUAUAGCAGAACCAGCCGGAACAACCUGGUAUCAUGGACAUCUUCUAGAGCAAUAUACGGAUGGAUUGUAUGGUCCAAUAAUAAUUCGUCAACGACAUGAACCAAAUCAAGAUAAAUAUGAUAGUGAACAAACAUUAAUGGUAGCCGAUUGGUAUAAUCUACAAGCUCAUACUCAAUUACUUCCAUGGUAUUUGAAUCCAAAUAAUACGGAUGGUAAUGAACCUUCACCCGAUGCUAUCGUUGUGAAUGGAAAAUUUACCCAAGCAUUAUCGAUUUCACUUUCGAAGUCAUCACGUAUUCUAUUUCGAAUUAUAAAUACUGCUGCAUUCUCAAUGUACAAUGUCUCAAUCGAUGGUUUACCAUUGCAUAUAAUUGCAUUAGAUCAAAUGGCUACUUUACCAUACACUGUCAAUUGUUUUUAUAUUAACGUAGCUCAACGUGUUUUAUUUUAUAUUGAUUUAAGUGAAUUAAAUUCAGAAUAUACUGCUUCUGGUACAUUAUCUACCAGUGCAGUUUAUAUACGAUUUCAAGCUAUGUUAUCAAUGUAUCCUGUUGAUACUGUCAAUUAUAUUCCACCUUAUGAAAAACAACGUUAUCCAUAUCCAACUUUCUUUAAUCCAUUAUAUCUCGCAAUUUUGUCGUUCAAUGAUACUAAUUCUAUACCAUCAUAUUCUGCUAGUGAGACAACUCCAGCAUUGCAAAACACUGUUACUCCAAUUGACACUAAUAUUUUAGCUGCUCGACCAUUUUAUCAGAAUACGAAUGAAAUUCCCAAGGCAACCUAUUAUUUAAGCCUUGUCAUCGCAUUUCAGACUAGUGCAAAUGGAAUUAAUUAUGCCUAUCUGAAUAAUGUGACAUAUAGUUCAGAUGCUAAUUACAUGCAUAUGAGACCUGCUCCAAGACGAGGAAUUACUUCAGAUGAAUAUGCACCAUUACUUUAUCAAAUGGUAACUAAACCUAAUAAUCUGAAUAUUCCAUCACCUCGUAUAGAAUCUGGAAGUCUACUACCCACAAUUCAAAGUGAUGGAUAUGGUCAUUAUUUAGUUCCCUAUCAAGCCGUCGUUGAUAUCUAUUUGAACAAUACAGAUGAUGGAGAACAUCCAUUUCAUUUACAUGGUCAUAAAUUCUGGAUUAUUGCAACAUCAGAUUAUCCAGAUGCCGAAUUUUUAUAUGCUGGAGAUUAUAUUCAACGUGAUACAAUCAGUAUACCUGCAUCCGGUUGGGCAAAAAUACGAUAUGUAGCUGAUAAACCUGGUGCUUGGUUUUUUCAUUGUCAUAUCGAAUGGCAUAUGUCUGCUGGAUUAGCAUUAGCCUUCAUCACUUCACCUCAACAACUAUUAGCUGAAGGAUACACUAUUUCAUCAGAUGAACAAAAGUUAUGUCAAGCUCUGCGAAAAUUCAACAAGAAACAUAAUAGCGAAUAA